GAUUUCCCGGAAGCCAUUGCCCUAGGAAGAGCGUUGGGUCGCCUGGCAACCGCACCAAGGCUGCGGAGGAACCAGGCACUGAGGGAAUUUACAAACCUGACUUCCAGACUCAGUUCCUCCCGCAAGGGGAGAGGUGCCUUCAGGGAAGAAGUCUGGGGGCUGAAGAAACCAUAAAGCCACGUUUCUCAAACUUGUCUGCCAAAAGUUGAGCAUAAAACAAUAGUUAAACCUGCUUCCUGACAUGGUAUCAGAACAGAGCUACUGCUGAGUUUGACUUAUAGAGAAAUCAUGGUUCGACUAACCUUGGAUCUAAUUGCCAAAAGUAACAAUCUUAAACCCCGAAAAGAAGAAACCACUUCACGAUACCUGAAGAAAAUAACUCAUCUAAAUUUUUCAGACAAAAAUAUAGAUACAAUUGGAGACCUCUCUCCUUGCAAAAGUCUUAGUGUUUUAUACUUGUAUGAUAACCGUAUUAGUGAAAUCACUAACUUGAAUUAUGCUACAAAUCUGACCCACCUGUACCUACAAAACAAUUGUAUUUCAUGUAUAGAGAACCUCAGGUCAUUAAAGAAACUGGAAAAACUGUAUCUGGGAAGCAAUUAUAUUGCUGUCAUAGAAGGUUUAGAAGGAUUAGAAGGACUAAGAGAGCUUCAUGUUGAGAGUCAGAGGCUUCCCCUUGGAGAAAAGCUUCUGUUUGAUCCAAGAACUCUUCACUCUCUGGGAAAAUCCCUCUCUAUAUUGAAUAUCAGCAAUAAUAAUAUUGAUGACAUAAGAGACUUAGAAAUACUGGAGAAUCUUAAUCAGCUCAUAGCAGUUGACAACCAACUUCUGCAUGUGAAGUGCCUCCACCCCUCACCAACAGAAAGAAGUUUCUCUGAGAAGAAAGAUUUGGAAUUUUUACUGAACAAGUUGAUGAAGCUGUGGAAAAUGGAUCUAAAUGGAAAUCCUGUUUGUCUCAAACCCAAAUACAGAGACAGACUGAUACUGGUGUCCAAAUCACUGGAAUUUCUUGAUGGAAAAGAAAUUAAAAAUAUGGAAAGACAAUUCCUAAUAAAUUGGAAAGCAUCCAAAAAUGCCAAGAAAAUCAGCAAGAAAAAGAACAGUAAAAACGAGGAUGCAAGUAACUCAUACAUAAGAGAGAGAGACAGAGCGUGAGCAGAGGAUGGGCAGAGAGAGAGGAAGACACAGAAUCUGAAGCAGGCUCCAGGCUCUGAGUUGUUAGCACAGAGCCCAACGUGGGGCUCGAACUCACAAACCGCUAGAUCAUGACCUAAGCCGAAGUCGGAUGCUUAACCAACUGAGCCACCCAGGCGCCCCUAAAGGUAUAUUUUUAAAAUGCUGAAUGUCAUUAAUCAACAUGGAAACGCAAAUCAAAACCACAAUGAGGUAUCACCACACACCUGUCAGAUGGCUAUUAUCAAAAAAAAGACAACAAGAGUUGGUGAGGAUGUAGAGAAAUUUGAACCCUUGCACACUGUUCAUGGGGAUGCAAAAUGCUGCAGCCACUAUGAAAGAUAGUAUGGUAGGGCAUCAAAAUUUAAAAGUAGAACUAUCAUAUGAUCUAGCAAUUCCAGUUUUCUGUAUUCAUCCAAAAGAACUGAAAUUAAGAUCAUGAAGAGACAUUAGCACUCCUGUGUUUGCUACAGCACUAUUCACAAGAGCCAAGAUGUAAAAACAACUUAAAUGUCCAUUGACAGAUGAAUGGAUAAAGAAAACAUGGUAUAUACAUACAAUAAAAUACUAUUCAGCAUUUAAAAAGAAGGAAAUUCUACAACAUGUGUCAACAUGAAUGAACCUUGAGGACAUUAUGUUAAAUAAAAUAAGUCAGUCACAGAAAGACAAAAUACUGCAUGAUCCCACCUAUAUGAGGUAUCUAAAACAGUCAAAUUCAUAGAAUCAAAGAGUAGAAAGGUGGUUGCUAGAGGCUGGGGUAAGGAGGAAAUGGGGAGCUACUAAUCAAGGGGCCUUAAGCAAGAUGAAUAAGCUCUGGAGAUUUACAUUAUCUAUCGCACCUAUGAUCAAAAACAAUGUAUUGUAUACUUAAGAAUUCAUUAACGAGGUAGAUCUCAUGUUAACUGUUUUUACCACAAACAUUAAAAAAAAAAAAAAAAAGCUCUGCACAGCAAAGGAAACAACAAAAGUAAAAGACAACCAACUGAAUGGGAGAAGAUAUUUGCAAAUGAUAUAUCCAAUAAAUGUUUGGCAUCCAAAAUAUAUAAAGAACUUACACAAGUCAACACCAAAAAACCAAAUGAUCCAAUUAAAAAACGGGUAGAAGAUAUGAACAGACAUUUCUCCAAAGAAGACAUACAGAUGACCAAUAGACACAUGAAAAGAUGCUCAACAUUACUCAUCACCAGGGAAAUGCAAAUCGAAACAACAAUGAGGUAUCACCUCACACCUGUCAGAAUGGCUAAAAUAAAAAACACAAGAAACAACAAGUGUUGGCAAAGAUGUCAACAAAAAGGAACUCUUGUGCACGUUGGUGGGAAAACAAACUGGUGCAGCUAACAUGGAAUACUGUAUGGAUGUUUCUCAAAAAGUUAAAAAAAGAACCACCCUACAAUCCAGUAAACAUAUACAAAAUAGAGAAACACUCAUUCAAAGGGGUAAAAGCAUCCUUAUGUUUAUUGUAGCAUUAUUUACAAUAGCCAAAUUAUGGAAGCAGCCAAAGUGUCCAUUGAUAGAUGAAUAAAGAUGUGGUGUAUAUAUACAAUGGAAUAUUAUUCAGCCAUAAGAAAGAAUGAAAUCUUGCCAUUUGCAACAACAUGAAUGGAGCUAGAGAGUAUAAUACUAAGCAAAAUAAGUCAGUCAGAGAAAGACAAAUACCAUAUGAUUUCACUCAUGGAAUUUAAGAAACAAAGGAGCAAACGGAAAAAAAAAAGAGAG